AUGACGAUGACGCUGUUGAAUGCCGUCUGCAGUUUCCUGGUUCUGUGUGUGUUGGUAGAAAACUCGGCGGAAGACUGUGCGAAGUGCAAUGCCAACUGUCCAACUGGCGACUGCAUGGCGAAUGAUGUCUCACAGAAGAGUGUGUGUAGCGAGGUAGUUGGCGAAGCCGCGCUCGCCAAUCAGUGCCAGUGGUGGGGCAACGGACUGGGCAGAAAUACGGAUUAUGAAGUUCUCAAAGGCCGCAUCAUAGCCUACAAGAUCCAGUGGUUCAGUGGCUCCUGGUCUGGCUGGUUCGUGCCGGAAUACAACGACAUUGACUGCAAGUUUAACGUUCAGCAGACUUGCAACGGCAAACAGGUCUGUCCGAACUCUCUGAGGAGGAUGUGGUCUUACUUCUACGACCACUCUCAUACUUAUAUCAUUUGCCGCUGA